AUGAGCCACGUUUGUGUGGACACAAGUAGUGAUGUCUUCGUGAGUGUUGUCUUCACAUUCUUCUGGAUGUCAUCGAGUGAUAGUCUUCCGAAGACUUAUCAGUCAAUUGUAGAGUCGUUUGUCGCCCACCAAAAGCCGUAUAAAUGCCAUUAUAGUGAAUGCAAUAAAACAUUCGCCACUCAAUGCCGAUUGAAUGCACACAAAGACCGCAGACAUGCCGUCGAAGACAUCACUCCUCGGGAACCGAUUGUUAGCUCAACCGAUGCCAGAGACCAGUCGACGACAGGCGCAGAUGACGGCCAACAGCGGCAGCCAAUGGCCACUACGGCUGUCCCACCAAUGGUGCCGACAAUCACAUCCACUUUCAGUCCCGACAGCCAAUCGCUGGACAACACGUGCGAUGACGAUUCAGACACUAAUAUCGAAAUCGUGGCCACAAUACCGGCGGUAAACACCGGCCAAACACUCGGUGACCAACAAAUGGCGAACACUUCACUCGUGGACAACAAUCCGUGCCUUAAGUACUUAACAUUAAUACAAAUACUGGCCACUCGUCGCCCACGACUGUCCUAUCGGUGCAGUCAAUCACUGUCACUAACUCUAGACUCUAGUGGUUUGGACUCUGAUCUCAAAGUUAUAGCUGCAAUACCGGAGCCUAAAAGCACAGCUGAUAUAAAGCCACUGGCAAUCCAGUCGGCGGCCGCAGAGACACCCAUUCAGACAUUUUCCAUGGACACUACAGUGGCUGACGUUAGACCAGUACAGCCCACGACUGUCCCACCGGUGCAGUCAAUCACUGAUCCAAACAACAGUGAUCUAAAACCUGAUCUCAAAGUACUAGUUGUCAAACCGCAGCCAAAACACACCGUCGAUACAAAGCCAGUGCCGACCACUGGACACACAUUAGACCAGAAAUAUAUUGAGAUUUCCGAUACGAGUAGUGAUGAAAACAGUGGACUUGAAAUAGUGGCUGAGUAUCGGCGCGACAAUUGCUGCCACUCAUUGACCGGACAUACGGCUGACGGCCAGCAAUUAGCUGAGUCUAAAGUGGCCGUCAGUUCAGAUAUCAAGAUAGAGAGCCAAACAGUGACACCGGCGGACACAAAGCCAGCGAUUGUCUAUCGGGCGCAUCCGUGCGGUCGAUGCACGCAAUUGUUUGAUACGGUCGACCAAUUGGCGGACCAUAAGCUGACGUGUCGGCGGUGCCCGAUGUGUGACAUAAUGUUUGCCAACGGGUUUCUGCGCGCACAGCAUAUGGCCGCUCAUCACCGGAAACGCAAACCACCGAAACGGGUCAGAAAACCGGCAAAACUGGUCAGCAAACCGACACAACCGGUCCGCAGACCAACCAGACGGUUGCCCAAAACGAAACCGAUAAGGUUUUUAUGCAAACAGUGUCCGAUGCGCUACACGUCGGCCGUAUGGUUCGCCAAACACAAGGCCCGCGUCCACCCACACCCCCGCCGCCGGCCUAAACUUAAACGCUGUCGGGGGUGCAAAAAGCGGUUUCUAAACGCGCCCGAACUCUACAAACACAUGGUGUGUGUCCACCCGGAGCUGCUCUACCCGUGCGAUCUGUGCCAACGCAAGCCGUUUAAGAAACUGCCGCAACUGAUUGGCCAUCAAUACAGAGUCCACUCGCAGCCGAUGCCCAACCCGUUUACGUGCGAUGAGUGCGACAAACAGUUUCUCAAAGCUAAACACCUGUUCCGUCACAAGAAGUCCGUCCACUCAAUGGUAUUUCCGAAGUGCAAAAAGUGCAGCAAAUGUUUCGCCACUUCCAUGGGUUUGAAAGCGCAUAAGAGGGCUAAAAAGCAUUGA